GGGGCUGCGGCGGCGAGCGCCGAGAAGUGCGCACGCGCACUGACCCCGCGGGCCCUAGCAACCAGAGCAGUGACAGUAGCAACCGCCGUUAUGGCGAAAGCAACAACAAUCAAAGAAGCCCUAGCGAGAUGGGAAGAGAAAACUGGCCAGAGGCCAUCUGAAGCCAAAGAGAUAAAACUUUAUGCCCAGAUUCCCCCCAUAGAGAAGAUGGAUGCAUCCUUGUCCACGCUUGCUAAUUGCGAGAAGCUUUCACUGUCUACAAACUGCAUUGAAAAAAUUGCCAACCUGAAUGGCUUAAAAAACUUGAGGAUAUUAUCAUUAGGAAGAAACAACAUAAAGAACUUAAAUGGACUGGAGGCAGUAGGGGAUACAUUAGAAGAACUGUGGAUCUCAUACAAUUUUAUUGAGAAGUUGAAAGGGAUCCACGUAAUGAAGAAAUUGAAGAUUCUCUACAUGUCUAAUAACCUGGUAAAAGACUGGGCUGAGUUUGUGAAGCUGGCAGAACUGCCAUGCCUGGAAGACCUGGUGUUUGUAGGCAAUCCCUUGGAAGAGAAACAUUCUGCUGAGAACAACUGGAUUGAAGAAGCAACCAAGAGAGUGCCCAAACUGAAAAAGCUGGAUGGUACUCCAGUAAUUAAGGAGGAUGAGGAAGAAGAUAACUAAUGCCACCUUUUCCACUUUGUGUUAACUUAUUUAAAUGUCAUAAGAACAAUAGAUACAUUUUAUAUAAUUGUCUAUUUUAAAGAUUCUGUAUGGGACAAAAGUUUCUUAAGAUAAAACAGAUCACUCAUUCUCAUCUUUUCCCCCCUUAACUUAUUCAGUGUUUCUCCCCAAAACUGGUAAUGCCAACCUAAUAUAUCCUAUUCCUCUUUUUAGAAACCACAAAUUUUCGGUUUUUGUCUUCAGUCUCAGUUACAUACUGUAUAGCCCCAUCUACUAAAACCUUUGUAGACCAGUAAUUUUUUUUGUCUUUCUUUUUUGUUUUUUUCUUUUUUUUUCCUGUAGACCAGUCAUUUUUAAUAACAAACGAACAAAUGUUCUGUUUUCAGUUCAUUCAUUUUUUUAAGUUAGACGUUUUAAAAGAUAUGCAUUUGAAAAUUUAGAACAUCUUUCCUGAAGGUCUGUCUCCUUACAAUUCAGAAGCACAAAUAUAUCAUGACUUUAGCUCUGAAGGCAGCAUGGUGAUAGAAGAGUUUGUCUUAGAAAUAAAUAAAUACUAAAAAAAAGAAAAAAGAAA